GAUGGGACGUGGUUACGCAGAUGUGGUGGGAUAAAGUUUGAUGUCGGAAGUGAUCAAUUCAAGUUGUUGCCUCAGUUUGAUGCAGUGAUGGUGUUUCGCCCUUCAAGUGAUAAAUUUAGUAUAAAAUUUGUGAAUGUAAGGGACUGUCUUACAUUGAUGUUGUCUGAACGAUCUCAUAGCAGGAUGGUGGAAUUAUAUUCUCUAGACGAGGAGGGAUGCGGUGUUUGGAGUAAGAUGUACAGUGUACUGCUAUACCGGGCAGAUCUGUCACAAGGUUUUAAGAACAGUGAUGAGAUUGUAUUUAAGAAAAAUGGGAUGAUGUACUGCUAUGAUCAAAAAAGCAAUACAUCAAAGCGUAUUCUCUCUGCAGGUUGCGGUGACAUAAGCAGCUGCUUUACAUAUACGCCUAGUUUAGCUUUCCUUCAAGGAAUGCAAUCUGUUCAUUUACAAACCGAGACCCAAACUCGUGAACUUGGUUACAACUACACCACUCCUUGGAGGUUAAUCAGUUCAUUAAUUAAAGAACCAUUUACUGAUGGUCAUAUUGCAGAUUAGACGGUGUUUGAUUGAAUGUGUGGGUAGUAUUAUAAGAGGGCACAAGAUCAUGUAUAAUGCUUUGGUGGCUGCGCUCUGGAAUUUCGUUCUGUUUUCUUCAAUUUCUACUCAGGUUUUGUUAUCCUCUUCUCAUAAUUUCAAAUCUGGGAAGUCCAUGUAGCUUAUCAAUUUCUCCCAUGUUAAAUUUCUGUUUUGAUUCGCAAAUAUGUUCCGACAAAUCAGAUAUUUACAAUAUUCAUUGAAUUGUCUCUUCUUAAUAUUCUAGGCUUUGGCGCUAUUAGAUGCAUAAUUUCAUACUCCCUCCAUUCAAAUAUUGUGUAUUCCUUGCACUUUUCUUUAUAUAAUGUUCCUUCUCAAUUCCUUAUAUUUUUUUGAUAUAAUUAAUAUAAAAAUUUAUUCUAACCACUACUUUUUUCCAUUAAUACUUAAAUAUCAAUUACUUCUAUUAAUAUACGCCCUUUCCUUAUGUUUCUCCCACCCGCUUUAUACACUUUCAUGCACAAUCCAAACAUAACGCUUUACUCCUGAAUUUUGAAAAUGAAGUAAAGUAAAGAGUAAGCAAAGGACUUUCAUCCUAAUUUUGGAGUAAAAUUAUGUUAAAUUUAUAUUAAUCUCCUGAUACAUUGUUCUUAUUAUAAAUUCAAGAAUACAAAUAUAAAUGAAAGUUAAACUACUUAAUUUUUUUAUUUUUUUGAGAGAAAAUUACUUUAUUUUUUAAAACUCCAAGUAGGGAUUAAAUAAAAUGAAAAAAAGGUGAGCGGAGGUGAACACAAAAAAUCGUAUGACGUGGUUUUCGAACUCAAAGGUAUACAAAGGAUCCUCUAACGUGGCCCGAACCUUUAUUUUUUUCUCAAACCUCUGAGUUCAAAACAUGACUAGCUCUUCCAUUGGAUCGUCCUCGGAAUCAAAUUGGACUUGGUUUUGAUCUUUUAGACAAUGAUUACAAGGUUCUUAACUCGUCUUGUUCUGGAUGUGGUUCAAGGUAUGCUGAUAUUUUCUACUAUAUUUACUCCUGGAUUGAUAUAACUGUUUCUGGUUAUGAUGUCUUGCCUGACAAACUAGACACUCCAGCUACUUAUGUCAAGGAUUGUCCUUGUAGGACUUUUUCUAAAUACUCAGUGAAGUUUGAUGCUACACGUAAAUGAGUUCUAGUUGUUGCCUAAAUUAUGUACUAAAAUGUAAUAUGAAUAACUAUUUUACUCUAACAGAUUACUGAGAGAUAUGAUUUGAAUUAUAAGGUGUACAUAUAUUCUUUGGACGAGGAAUGUGGUGUUUGGGACAAGAUGUGCCGUGUUGGACCACGCGAUUUUUUGAGGCCAGAUUGGUAUUUGUCACAGGGUUUUAACUUUUUAAAUAUGGUGGUGAGUUUGUAUUUCAAGAGAGUGGACAAUUUUUUCUUUGAAUACUAAACACAUCUUCUCAAGCGUAUUAAUGGGACAUGAUUUGGUUUUUCAAACAUUUCCUUUAGCUAUACGCCUAGUUUGGUUUUCCCCGAUGGCAUGAAGGCUAAUUUGUAAAUUCUUCAUACACUAGUGCUACGUUUAUUGGAAAUAAUGGACAUAGAAUGGAAUGGAGAUUGAAAUUGAGUAAAUUGAAGUAAGCAAAGAAAGUUGUUAAGGGGAAUAGUAAAAUUAAUAUGUACUUUUGUGCAUUCAAGUAAUACAAAUUCUAUUCCACUUCCAUUCCUCCCCACCGAAAAGUGCAGAGGCAAGCAACUGCACAUGAAGAGAGAAAUUAUUGUUUUAGGUCAUUGUAUGAUAAUUUAGGCUGUUCAAGUGUUUACUAGUUCAGAGUGCUCAUACUCAGUUUUUUCUUUUGAUAUUUCGGAAUCAAGAAAGUAUUGAUAGAUUCUUCUAAACUUGUGUCAAGUAUUUAUAUGAUAGUAUAUCUGCAAACCUGAAGCUACAACCGAGUCCAAAUUUAUGCAUCUAUAUAUAUUCAUAAAAUAUUUUUAAUCUUUUGUGUGGGAGUUCAUUUCAGGUCUAAAGCUACAAUUGAAGUAUGCAUGUAAGUAUUCAUCGAAAAUAUCUGUAUACAAAUUACAUAGUUCCAGUCCUGAAGCUACUACGAAGUACCAAUAUGCAUUUUGUCCUACUUCUCUACCAAACAAGCCAAAUUCAACCUAAGAGCAUUGGUAAAUGUUUAGUGCUCUUUGAGCUACGACAGCUGGAUGAAUCUUUAUGAUCAGAAGGUUGUAUGGGUGAAGCUUAAAAAAGCCUGCUCAAAAUGGAAGAAUUGAGUAUAUAAUUUGACAGUACUGCUGCAAAUGCUUCCCUUUCAAAGGUAAUUGGAUUCUGCUCACAUACAUUGUUCAUCAAUGUGAUCCAUGUUACUCCUGUUCUCCCUGCUUCAAGGUGAUCUCUAGUCAUGUCCAAAUCUAACUUUUCGGAUAUGUAUGUAAUUGAAUGGGUAAGUUUGCUUUUAAUGUUAUGGUCCAUUGUAGAGAUUCAAGUAUACUCCUGCACAAAUGCCUCGAAUGAGGGUUGGACACUCAACCUGUUAUUACCAGUAAAAGAAAGUUUUCUCAAGACUGAGCUUUAAAUAAACAUUAUUGCCUUCUUUUUUCACAGAUUUUCACACAAAUUAUCAUAUUGAGUUUUAAAAAUAGUCACGCCUAAUGACAUUGCGUAUCCACCUUUAAGGUGUCUCAAUUGAUUUGUGUGCUAUGUGCGUGCCAGUACUUGUAUUCAUUCGGAAAUUAGGGGGUAUGUAUCUGUUACCACAAUCAAUAUAUAUUGAAACUUAGGCGAUUUGGGUCAUUACCAAAAAAACACUCACAAUGAAGGUGAAAAAAAAUAUUACGGCCGCUAGAGUAAACGGGGUAAGAAAGAUGCCGGCAGAACUGCCGGAGGAAUUAAUCCGUAACGAGAUACUUAUCCGCCUCCCAAUCAAAUAUGUGGCACGAUUCAAAUCUGUUUCUAAAUCUUGGCUAUCCCUCCUUUCUGAUCCUGAAUUUGUGAGAGAACAUUACACUCGCAGCGCCUCUGGAAACCCUAACGAGUACGACUGUCUCAUAGCUGAAAAACAAUUCAGGAUCGUCAUUCUCUCCCGAUACAACGAAACUUUGGUUCUUCCUACCGAUAAACACUAUCAAUUGGUUGGUUCUAUCAACGGCAUAGUUUGUCUCCGUCGCUGCCAAAAGUUGUCCUUGUGGAAUCCUGCGAUUCAUCAAUCGAAAGAGGUAACUAUUGCACCACACCAUUCUGGUGAAAUCAAUAGCAUCGGAUUCGGUUUUGAUCCAGUAAGUAAUGAUUACAAGGUUGUAGUCUCGAUUGAUUCAAGGUUUGCUAGUUUUUACUCUUCUAAAUUCGAUUCUUGGACUGAUUUAUUUGUUUCCCCUACUCUUCUUCCUAAAAGUAGAGACUGUGACUCAUUUGCCCCAACUACUAUUGUAAAAAAUUGCCCUUACUGGACAACAAUGGUCUAUAGACUCACAACACCGUUUAUAUAUUUUGCUUCACUGAAGUUUGAUGCUGGGAGUAAUGAGUUCAAGCUGUUGCCUAAUUUUUACUAUGGUAGAAGUGGUGCACGUGGAAAGGAUUUUAAAUUUGUGAAUAUGAAGGAUUGUCUUGCUUUGAUGGUGCAUGAACGUGAUUCUAUUGAUACACUCGUAGAGGUAUAUUCUUUGGACGAGGAGGGUUGUGGUGUUUGGAAUAAGAUGUACAAUCUGGGACCUUUCAAUAUUCAUGAGAGUGUACUUCUGUCACAGGGUUUUAAGUAUGGUGGUGAGAUUUUAUGUCAUGUGUAUGGCAAACUUCUCUGCUAUGAUCUCAAGACAGGCACUAUUAAACACAUUCAAGAUACAACUGGUAUUCGUGUAGUCUAUGGAUAUACCCCUAGUUUGCUUUCUCUGCCAGGAAUGGAGUCUGUUUAUCUACAAACCCAAACUCGUACACAUGGUCUCGGCUCUAGAACUCCUCGGCGAUUAAUCAAUUCAUUAAGAGGAUAAUCAGUUGCUAAUUCCAAUUGGCAUUCUAGACAUUUAAGUGUUGAUGAUAUGUUUAGUUGAAAAAUAUGGUGGGGAAAUGGCCAGUUUAAAUGUUUAGGGAUUAAUGGUUGAAAUUUGCAUCUAUUUUGCUCAUACUUUUUGCUGGUUUUCAUUGUUUUAUGUUCAAGGAGACAUGGAUGAAAUUGUUGUUUGUUAUAUUCUGUUUCUUUAUUUUUCAUUAUAUUCUAUAUGCUUGACUUUGUUGUAUUCAUUCUCCAAUAAAUUCUGGUUUUCUCAUUUUA